CUUCAGAAAGGUCCGCAUUCCUUCCGCCUUUCUACAGCCGACCAGAGGCGAGGAAGGUGGAUCCCAGGCGGCGCCCACCUCGGGGGCUCUGCUUCCGCCUCUGAUUGGCUGCUCUGGGUGCCCGUCGCUACGCCACCCGGCGCUGAUUGACUAUCCUGCCGCCGCUCUGCGCGGCGCCGGCCCCGCCCCCGUCGGGUGUUUGUGGUGGGGCUGCGGAGCCGCGGAUCCCGCCGGAAGCGCCAGGACAAUGGGGACCCGGGACGACGAAUACGACUACCUAUUCAAAGUGGUGCUCAUCGGGGACUCGGGUGUGGGGAAGAGCAACCUGCUGUCCCGCUUCACCCGCAACGAAUUCAACCUGGAGAGCAAGAGCACCAUUGGUGUGGAGUUCGCCACCCGCAGCAUCCAGGUGGACGGCAAGACCAUCAAGGCGCAGAUCUGGGACACCGCUGGCCAGGAACGCUACCGUGCCAUCACCUCCGCGUACUACCGAGGUGCAGUAGGUGCACUGCUGGUGUAUGACAUCGCCAAGCACCUGACAUACGAGAAUGUGGAACGCUGGCUGAAGGAGCUGAGGGACCAUGCUGACAGUAACAUCGUCAUCAUGCUGGUGGGCAACAAGAGCGACCUGCGCCACCUGCGGGCUGUGCCCACUGAUGAGGCCCGAGCCUUCGCAGAGAAGAACAACUUGUCCUUCAUUGAGACCUCAGCCUUGGACUCCACCAACGUAGAGGAAGCUUUCAAGAACAUUCUCACAGAGAUCUACCGCAUUGUGUCACAGAAGCAAAUUGCAGACCGCGCAGCCCAUGACGAGUCCCCUGGUAACAACGUGGUGGACAUCAGUGUGCCACCCACUACUGAUGGACAGAAACCGAGCAAGCUGCAGUGCUGCCAGAACCUGUGACUGCCCCGUGCCUCGUCCAAGUAUGCGUGCGUGCACAUCCUCAUCCUUCGCCUGCCCCUCACCAUGAUGUCUUCUCUGACCCGACCCUCUCUGUCCCUCUGCGACUGGCUCCUACCCCUCCACUGAGCUCUGCACAGUCACCUGGGCCUUAGGAAGAACAGGAGUCCAGCUGCACCAUCUGUCCUUCUCCCCCGCCCCAGGGAAGCUUGAAACCUGGCUGCUGCACCUAUUCUUGGGUCCCAGUGGGCCUCUGGGUGGGGUGAGGUGGGGAGGGUAGCAGGAUGGACCAGGCCAGCCAGAGGCAAGAGGAUGGGCACACCAAGCAGGCUUCAAUUUUCCACAGCAGACUCCAGGGAGCAAUUACCUCCCUUCCUCUCUGGCCAGUUGUCCCAGCUAGCCCUGGUCCCCACCCAGAACCCCCCUCGGGGCUGAAGCCUGAAGAACAAGUGACCAGGGGACUGGGUCAGGCAGACAGAGGCUCCUGGCACCCUACCACCCACAUACAGCCAGCACCGGCACAUGCCUUUGACCUCGGCCUCUCCUGUGCGUGCGUGAAUCCAGCUCCUGCCUGUAGAUAUAUGCUGGGAGAAGACCUCCCCCCCUUUCUGCACGCAGCGCACUCCCCACCCCUCCCUGUGCCCUUCUCUCUGUCUUGUCUCCCUGUCUGGUCAGGAACUGUUUGCAAGUGAAGCAAUAUCUCAGUGUUUUGUAUAUACAACCGCUCUUGUAGCCUUUGUUUUUUUUGUUAUUGUAGAGAAACAGAUUCUUUAUACACUUUGUAAGAUUGACGCCAAACCCCAGCUCUCAGAUCUCUUAUUCUCCCUGUGGCCCCUGUUGCCCCGAUGCCUCAUUUCUCUGUCCCGUUACUAAAAUGUGUAACCCGA